GUAAUCUAGAUUUCUAUUUGCAGGAGCCUCUCACGCACCACAGUAGGUCUUAGAGGAUGCACAAGUUAGCCAAGGGCCUGAAGAAGAAGAAAAAGCCGAAGAAGGGCAAGAAGGGGGCGGAGGAAGAGGAGUUCGAUCCGGAGGAGCUCGAGCGUUAUCGGCGCGAGCGGGCGGAGGCCCAACAGAAAGCCGAGGAGGCCGGCGAAGCGGCUAAAGGUACCGGAUCUGACGAGUGGAAGAAGUUCCAGGCUUUGACUGCUGGUGUCGAUUCGGUCUUGAGGAAGACUCAGGAUGACCUCGAUCGGAUAAAGUCUACCUCGUUCUUCCAGCGAAAGGCACCGUUGGAAGAGAAAAAACCGGACGAGGCGGCGAAGCAGGAGGACAAAUCAUCGUCAAAGAGGUGGGUGGGCUUCGACAAGGAGGGUAACCCAAUCGAGGCCGCGCCGGAGAUCGACGGUCAAGAAAGGAAGGAGGGCAAACCGUUUGUCAACGAGGACGGUUUCGUAGAAGUACCGGAGGACGAGGAUGAGCAAGAGGACUCCGCCGACGAGGAUAUCUUCGACACCACUUACGUCGACGUUCUUCAGAAUAUCGAUGUUCAAUUAGCUUAUAUACCGGACAGCCCGACCGAGGAGGAAGCUGGGGACGAUCCCUUCGACACCACCAACGCCGACAAGGUUCUCCGUACAGUCGAUAAAAAGGGCAACAAGCUAGUCAGCUUAGGCAAUGCUGUUGAGGUGUUAUCGGGAAGGAUCGACUAUGUAAGCACGUGCAAAAUCACCAAAGGCAGGCGACCUAGAAUCCAGCAGGAUCUAUUGUUGGACGACUUUGACGAGGCGGAACAGCCGUCGGCGGAAGCCGUUGCAGCGGAACCGACAGAAGUAGAGAAGACUUUGCUGGAUGAUGACAGCGAUCUUCCCGACAUCCCGGUUGAUUUGACGAAAUUACCGCCUGUGUUUCCAAGGCCAGUCAGCCCGGUCACUCCAACACCCGUUCAGGAGAGUACAACCUCGACGACCACUGAAAAGACAUCAAAUGGUCCGCUAGAUAUUUCCGAAUUCGAAGUUCUGAAGGAGAAGACGGUCUUGGAGGAGAUUCCCGACUUGGAUGACGCUGAAUUUGAUCUAAACGUCACGCCAAAUGAGUCGACUCGUCUCGAGGAGGCCGAUGAUCCAUUCGCCGCGAAAGAGCCUGAAACGACCGAUUUUCAGACGGAGAUAAUUGAGGCCAGCUUCGAGGCAGCGACCUUCGUCGACGAAGCCGAUCCGUUUGACACUACAUUCGCGGAUAACAUACUACCAGGUAAAACAGAGCUGAAGUUUAUCGAGAAGGAGCUCGAAGAGCUGCCCGUCUCGGAAGUAUCCAUAUCACUGACCGAUCCCGCUGGCUUAAUCAGAGAUUACGAAACUGGUCGGCUGAAAACCCAUCGUGAUACUUUACAGAAAGACAAUCAUGAUACUUUGCUGUCAUCCAAGAAGGAUCUGCUAGGCGGCUCGACCACCGAUCUUAGCCAGUUGGCGGACGAACCGAUCGCGCCUGUUGAGGAAAUCACUUACGUCGAUCCCUUUGAUACGUCCGCGGUAAAGGAGCUUCCACCCGGCAAAACAGAGCUCAAGGUCUUAGAAAAAGAAUUGCUCGGCGAGCAAUCCAGCAGCUACGUCGAGGACGACAGCGAUUUUGAUCCGAGGAAAGAUGAGGAGUCAGUAAAGAUAUUGCCCGCAAAACCACCGCCACUUAGACCAUCCGCGCCGGUUAACCCUGUGUUCGACGUUAACUUCGAGGAAGACGAGAAGAUCGAAGCGGCACCGACGAAUUUCGAGAGAAAAGCUUCUCGGCCGGAAGUCCUCGAGCUCGCUCCGAUCAAGACCGUCGCGUUUGAACUGCCGACGCCGUCGAAGAGACCUGACCUUCUCGCGACUUCCGAAGAGGAGAAGACACUACCCUCUAAACCGCUGACACCGUAUUAUUCCCAGAAAUCCAUAGAAGAGUCGUUGCCGAUAGAGGACGACGAAGUAGAUGUCGAUCCUUUCGACACUAGUUUCGUCAAUAACGUCGCGCCGGGCAAAACAGAGCUCAAACUCAUCGAAUCGGAAUUGUUGAGGCAGGAGUCUAAGCUGCCUCACAGUUUGAGCGACCACGACUUCGAUCCGAGGUCUACCGCAGAACCAAUUAGGAGACAAAGCGAUUUCACGGCCACCUCGGUCGCGCCGAGCAAUCUAAAGCUCGCGCAGCUACAAUCGUCGCUGAUACAAAAGGUCGAAGAGGAAGUGAUCGUGAAACGAAAACCUCAGAGGCAAGAGAGCUUGUUGGAUGCGGAAGUCGAGGUCGACGCGAAACCUCUGACACCUAGGAUCGAGAGCAAACCUAUCGCGGAAGAGGAGGAAAUCUUGUAUUUGGAUCCUUUUGACACUUCUAUCGCGACGAACAUCCUGCCCGGAAAAGCAGAGCUGAAGAUACUGGAGAGUGAAUUGCAGCAAAUUCCUCAGCAACCACCGCCGCGUCCUAAUCUACCCAUCAAUCUACCCACCGUGGUACCUGUCGUUGCCUCAACAGUCCCGGAAAUCGAUGACUUCGAUCCUAGAGCGGACGAGGUAAAGGAGUCUAAAGACUUUCUGUUUUUAGACGGGCAGGAUACCGGCGACAAAGUGUUGACGCCGAUGCAGAAUAAAGAUUUUACUUUGGACGACGACGUGGAUCCCUUCGACACUAGCUUCGCUACUAUCGAGCCUGGACGGACCGAAUUGAAACUGCUCGAAUCUGAACUGAUGAAAUGUGCGCCCAAUUCAAUCAUGGAUCCCAAGGGCGGAAAUCCGUUCUUAAUGGAUGAUUACGCGGCGGAGCCGGGGGGCGGCUUGCCCCCGCAGGCUUCCAAUCCUUUCCUUCAAGAUUUCACCGAUUCGGCAAGUUCCGGCGCAGGCGAGAAUCCUUUCUUAAACUUCAGCAGCGGGCAAACGUACGAACCACCAGUGUCCGUCGACUCUACCAAUCCGUUCGCCUCCUUUGGCAUUGAAAGUACCGCUCCGGACACCGGAUUCGGAGCGACCACCGACACAAAUACGCCAGCAACCGACGUCUUCACUAGCCAGUCAUCCAAUAUCUUCGUCACGUCCGAGAACGCGAGCGUGGACCUGUUUGGUACGAUGACGACGACGACGGCCGAGAAACAACCGGCGACAGUCGUCAGUCCACCGCAGCCGUCUCCGGCGGCGACACCUCCGUCGAGAAACGGAAAGCCACCGCCAUCGAGGCCACCCCCGCCGAGGCCGCAACCACCACCGAUACCGCCACCGGUACAACCAGCUUCUAAGAACACGAAGGAUCUAAUAUUGUCGGUUACGGGAGCAAUGGACGCUACCUCGAACCACCUUCUGGAUCGUUUGCAAGCAACCAGAACGCCCAGCCCCACGCUGAUGCACUCCCCGUCACCCACCCCGGAGCACAGCUUCGCCGAUCUUCUGGACGUCGACAGCAACGUGCCGGAUCUGAUCUCGGACGAUAAGGUCAUCGAGCCGCCGAAGAAUCAAGAUAUCAUGGAUCUUUUUGACGCGCACACUGAUGUCACCUCAACCUAUAUCUUCUCUACUUCCAUAACCACCACGGGUACUACCAGUCUUGUCACCGGAGCCCCGAUAACCGCCACCACUACCAAGGAUAAUCCUUUCGCGAGCAUGAGCGAGGAGGCGGUGGUCCCGCAAGCGCAAGCUGCCUUUGAUAUGGAAUAUCCGGAAGAUAUCAUCAGUAGCGAGAAGCGGCCUUCAAUGACCUCUGCGACUCCUUUCGCAGCCAUAGAAACGGACGUCGAAAAAUCCGGCACUGUCUUGGACCUUGCGGAACCUGCUCCUGUUCAACCAGUGUCGACAGCAACCGCUGAACUCUUCCAAGAAACAGAACAGAUUUCCACCGCUGCUGAUGCAAACUUUUUCUCUAUGACCGACACAACCACGGCAACGCCCUUCGGCGUAGCCGAAACCACGCCCGCAGCUGCACCGUUCGCACCUGCAGCUCAGCCCUUAUUUGCUCCGUCGGAGAUCACGCAGCCUGCUUUUGCCUCAGACUUACUGGGUGAUUUCGGAGAAACGACCAAGGAGAUCAGCAGCGGUCUGAUCUCCACCAGUCCAACCCCUGGAACGGAGUUCCCCGGAAACGAGGCUUACCGGCCCGAAGAAGAGUUAGAUAACUUCGCCGCUACGACGAAAGCGAUCGAGGAUACUGGCGACUCAUUCGAUGCUUUCGCGUCGAAAUUCGAUAAGGCCGCCGAACCGGAAACCAACGGUAAAGAUCCCUUCCUGGAUCCCUUCGGCGGCGGACCAACCGCUAUGGAUACCUCCAGCGACGUUUGGGGAGACUCGUCAGUAGGUGGAUCGGCGAUCACCGGUUUUGGAGAAUCCGACGGUUUCGAUUCUUUUUUGAGUAUGACGGCUCCACCGCCAGAUACGAAAGUGAAAAGAUCCGAGUCCGCGGAGUCGGACGAAGGGCCCGAUUUCAGUGUAUUUAUCAAACCGAAAGAAGGAGAUCAGAUGACAACAACGGAAGGCGGACCUGUACCUACGUUAGCGCCGCCGCCGAAAAGUCCGCAGAUCGCCGCGUAUACGGAUUCCUCGCCGCGAUUUAAUCCUUUCGAUAAAUCCGGAAUCGCGCAAGACGCCGUGGUAUCCGAAACUGCACAAACAGCCGAAAUGGCUAGGACGGAUUCUCAGGAAACCCCGCCUACUCCCUUGUUCGACGAAGACGUUAGCCAACCGCUCGAGGAUUUCCCGAGGAUAACUUACACCGGCGACGGUUGGGAGAUGCAGUUGCGACAGCCAAACAAGAAGAAGAUCACGGGGCAACGUUUCUGGAAGAAGAUCUUUGUCAAGCUGGUUUACCAGGGUGACAAUCCAAUCCUUCAUUUGUCCAACAAUAAAGACGACAGAGAUCCUUUUCAAGAAUUACCUCUGCUCGCUUGUUACUCGGUGUCAGACAUUGGCGCCCAACAAUUCGAUCAGUAUGGGAAGAUCUUUACUGUAAAAUUGCAAUACAUCUUCUAUAAAGAGAGGCCUGGCGUGCGACCUGGUCAGGUCACGAAGGCUGAAAGAAUCACAAACAAACUCAGCCAGUUUGCAGCGUACGCUAUUCAAGGAGAUUAUCAAGGCGUCAAAGAGUUUGGAAGUGAUUUGAAGAAAUUGGGUCUUCCUGUCGAACACGCACCUCAGAUCUCUCAGUUAUUCAAACUUGGUUCCCAAUGUUACGAGGACAUGAAACAAUUUUCUUGCGCUAUCGAAGAAGCUCUCUUUAGGUUAUCGGCUCAUCGCGAUCGGGCUUUACAUUACAAAAUGGAGGAGGUCCAGGUAACAGUCGUGGAUGAGGUGUAUGUCGAGCAGAACGCGGAGGGUCACGUAGACAAGCAGAUCGCGCGUGUUCGUCUUUUCUUCCUGGGUUUCCUUUCCGGUAUGCCCGACAUAGAAUUAGGAAUAAAUGAUAUGUGGCGACAGGGUAAAGAAGUCGUUGGUAGGCACGAUAUCAUCCCCGUCGUAACGGAGGAAUGGAUUCGUCUAGAGAACGUUGAGUUUCAUUCCUGCGUUCAACAGGACGAGUAUGAAAAAUCGCGGAUAAUAAAGUUCAAGCCGCCUGAUGCAUGCUACAUUGAAUUGAUGCGGUUUCGCGUAAGACCGCCAAAAAAUAGGGAACUACCGCUUCAGCUAAAAGCUGUUAUGUGCGUUACUGGGAACAAAGUGGAGUUGAGAGCAGAUAUUCUCGUGCCUGGUUUUGCAUCUAGAAAACUAGGCCAAAUACCAUGCGAAGACGUGAUGGUUCGCUUUCCUAUACCUGAGUGCUGGAUCUAUCUCUUCAGGGUCGAGAAACACUUCAGGUAUGGCUCGGUGAAAUCGGCGCACAGAAGAACGGGAAAGAUUAAGGGUAUCGAGAGAUUUUUGGGCGCCGUCGACACAUUAGAACCACAGCUGAUGGAGGUAACUUCCGGUCAGGCGAAAUACGAGCAUCAACAUCGCGCCAUUGUAUGGAGGAUGCCCAGGCUGCCGAAAGAGGGGCAAGGCGCAUAUACGACGCAUCAGCUGGUUUGCCGUAUGGCUCUCACUUCAUACGAUCAGAUCCCCGAAAAUCUCUCGGAAUACUGUUACGUGGAGUUCACGAUGCCGGCGACGCAGGUGUCCCAUACGACCGCGAGGAGCGUCAGCCUCCAGAACAGCGACAGUGACGCGCCCCCAGAAAAGUACGUCCGAAAUUUGUCGCGUCACGAAUACAGAGUGGGGAUUGAGCAUACGCAGGGCGAAGGGCCGGGAGCAUACGUUGCGGCGACGAUUGCGAAGAAGAUCCCCGAGACCACGCCGGAAGUUCAAGAAACGCCCGAAGCGCCGGCUGAUUCCGAUUCCGACUCUACGGAGUAACAUGGGUAAUCCGUCGCUAAGUCAACGUCGAUCGUCAUUUUGUUGUAAUAAUUAGUACGUUACGUAAAAGAUAGGAAACUCCGCGUUACGUAAGUCACGAUCGCGGUAUAGAAAUUUUCACAUACCGUUAAACUCAGUCAUUUAAGGGAUAAACAUAUAACUAGUAUCUACACUGGUUAUAUGUAUGAUACUAGACUAGUACUAUAUCAUGUACGUCUCACUAGUCUGUAUAGAGAGAAAAUUCGCGAGAAUCUGCAACGGGAUGUUUCGUAAGGUUGCCGAUAGUUAUAAUAAACGGCGGAUAAUCAUUCUGCAUGUGCGAAACCGUUACACUUCGUGCGGUCGCUUAUCGGUCGAAAUUGGCCGAACUAGUCGUUGUUACAGUUGAAAAAAAAAGAACCGAACCAGAUCAGCAAAGACUAAAAUAUUCGAUUUACGAGACAGCAUAUUGAUCCUCGAACAUAUGCUUAGUGAGGCCAUAGUCGGAGCCAUAUUACAGACUGAAAAGAUAAUUUGCCUGACAUCUUUGAAACGAGACUUGUAAAUAUAUACAUUAAGGUAAAUGUAUCUAUGCCUGGACACGUGUCUAUUUCUGGACAUUUUUAUUAUUUUAGUUCUUAAAUAAGUUGUAACGCGAAUUAAAAUCAAAGAUAAAAAUAUU